AUGGUGAAUACUCUGGCCCGCCAAGGGCAUCAGGUACUGACCGCUGCUACAGGCUCAGAUGGUGUAUCAAUUGCGGCAGAGGAACAGCCGGACAUCAUUCUGAUGGACGUGGUAAUGCCAGGAAUCAACGGAUUUCAAGCUACUCGGCAGAUCACCCGAAAUGAUCAUACCCGGCAUAUUCCGGUCAUCAUUGUAUCGAGUAAAGAUCAGGACGCUGAUAAAGUCUGGGGUGAACGCCAGGGCGCUUGUGGUUAUCUGACCAAACCGGUGGAUGAUCGAACUCUGAUCAGCACCGUAAACGGCUUGUUGGAUAUCAAAGCAGCCACGUUUAAAAACGCAGCACCGCUGCCACACAAAGAACAGGUGCAGGCACAGUGGCAGGGACUUGGGUUCCUGGUGGGUGGUACCCGCCUGGUUUCGAAACUGGGUCAGGUUGCAGAACUGAUGCCGGUACCCCGAAUGACACCCCUGCCCGCGGUAAAACCCUGGGUCAUGGGCAUUGCCAACGUGCGCGGCCGGCUGAUCCCGGUGAUCAGUCUGCACGAAUAUUUACAGCUACCAACAACGCUGCCUGCGAAUCAAUGGCGGGUUCUGGUGGUGGAAGAAGGCGAUAUUGUGGCCGGGCUGCUGGUUGAGCAGUCUCUGGGUAUACAACAUUUUUUAGAAGACAGUUAUGAAGAGAGCGACGGUAAGGAGUUGGGUGGUUUAGGCCCCUACGUCACCGGCGCGUUUCGGCAUGGUGGCCGCGUUUUUCACGAGGUCCAGUUAAAAGCAAUUUUGAAAGACGAAAAGUUUUUUGAUGUUGCAUUAGGUAAAGCAGAUAAGGCGUAG